AUGGCCGACGCCGACUCUCCAAACGACUUCAACCGAAUCCCCGAAACCUUGCCACGCUUCAAUGGCGCCUUUCUCGGAUUCAUCAUUCUAGCUAGCGUAUUAGCCAUCUUCUUCCUGCUUUACUUCAACAGAGUGUUCAGCUGGUCCAUAUCCAAGGGUAUCAGGGCUUGGUCAUGGCACAAACACCGAAUACACAUUGAUAUCCAGGCGUUACAAAUAUCACUCCUCGGCGGCCGCAUUUUCUUCACCGGUCUCAAAUACCAUGGAAACAACGAGGCCUUCCACAUACAGCACGGCUAUAUCACUUGGAGAUACUGGCUGCGCCGUGUCAGGGACGUGGACAUAAAAGACUCUAAGAGGAACGACCAUCAACUGGGAGGCGAGUCUCCCAAAAAGCGGGAAAAUAAGAAGGAGCUGCCUUGCCGUAUUACCGUCACAGUGGCUGGCCUUGAAUGGUUUGUCUACAACCGGACGCCUGUGUAUGACGGUAUUCUGGCAGGCCUGACAGGAAACAAAACUGAGGAUGCCGCAACAACAGGGACAAGCGAGGAGACGACCGCGAACUUGCGUAAUCGAGGCUCUAGGUUGUCCGAAAAGCUAGGAGAUGACAGUCAGCCAGUACCAGUGAGCAACCACGGGACCAAGAACACCUCCAGCACGCCUGGUGCGCCGGAUUCACCCGAAUGGAACAGGCCACAGCAACGCUCUUCGACCGGUCGCUCCAGCUCUUCAGACUUGUACACGGGCUCGAGGACGUCGGCAGAAUCUCAAUCUGACCUACCUGCCAUGCUGCAAUUGUUCCCGAUCUACAUCAGUUGCCAGAAGGCAGCACUUGUGGUUGGGAAUGAAAACACAAAGGCUAUUAUGGUAGUGAAAGCCAACUCAUUGACAGGUGAAGUAAACGCAUCUGCCACCAAAGGCCCUGAUCCAUACAGGCAAGUAUUCAAGAUCAAAUUUGAUCGUCCCGUGAUUGAGAUGAAAGACAACGAGGACUACAAAGAAGACCAAGUUGUGAGAGCCAGCAAGGGCAAGCAAGAGCCCCAGGGUAGCCACCACUUUGUCAAGGCCGGUUUCCUUAUGCGUCACAAGCGGCGUACCCUCGGAAGGCUUCGAAGUCUUGUUCCGUACUGGCGCAAAUCCGUUGAGUCCUUUUUCGUUGACUCGGGAGCCACGGCCGGGGCAACAGCAACGCACGUUCCCUCUUCGGGCCAGUGGCAAGGACUCGCUCGCUAUUUGGAUGACGACGAUCGGGAUUCAAAGACGCGAUGGUCGAACGUGGAAUAUGCAGCAGCGACAACUUUGAUCGACAGUCCAGAGGCAACCCUGACUGUAUACUGGGAUUCUCCCGCCAGGAUCACCGACGAAUUGGCCAGUCGACGGACGAACAAAGGAAAUGCCGUUUCGAACAUUAAUGGCGCUACAUCCCCAGAAUGGGGCAUCAACCUGUCUCUCAAGGGUGGCACUGCCAACUACGGGCCGUGGGCAGAUCGCCGUAGAGCAGAUUUGCAACGGGUCUUUAUGCCCGGAUUAUCGAAAGAUGCCACGCCAGCAAAGCCCCUGCCUACGGGCGCCUUCCGUGUUUCAACACAGUUCAAGCUCUAUGUGGAGCUAGAAGAAGAAUUGACUCUAAGAAUACCGACCAGAGAGACUUCCAAGAAUUGGCGAUGGAAGGGUAAAGAGCCGACUACCAAGGAUGAUCGUCCGCACCAAACCAGAAAGCAGAGGGCGAAGGCCAAGAAACACAGCAAGGGGGACGCGGCCCCCCUCCGGCCCGCCGGCUGGCUGGAUUUCAAGAUUGCUGCGAAUGCCACGAUUUCCUACUUGAUGGACUCGGUUGCUGGCACGCACGGCUACAAGAUGGGCCUGGACCUAGAUUUACCAGGCACUGAACUCUCCAGUAGUGUCAAUCACGAGUUGCUGUGGCGUUCAGGGGCACAGCGAGUACGCUGUGAUCUUUCUACUCCGUUGAGUUGGAAUGCUCUACGGUCUUGGCACUUCAACGUCUCAGCAAACGACAUGGAAUUGUUCCUACUCAGAGAUCAUGUUUUUUUGCUCAUUGAUCUCGUUGACGACUGGGCUAGCGGCCCGCCUGCGGAGUAUCUGGUGUUCACUCCUUUCCGCUACAAUAUGAACAUCGAUCUCAGAAACUUCAAACUCUACCUAAACGUCAACGAUGGCAACAUCAUUAACAAACCUAAAGAUCUGGACGACAAUGCAUACCUCGUGCUGUCAACUCCUGUUCUAGCAUCCCAAGUCUGCAUUCCUAUCGACAAGUACCGGCCCAGCAAGAAUACAAUCCCCUUCGAUAUCAAAGCGGAGUCCUUCUCGCUCGCAUUGCACGUACCCCCCUGGAACACACAAGCGUCAUUCCUUGCUUCCAAAGAGGUUGGACAGGGCGAAAAUUUGACAGUCAAUGGUGGCUACACCUACAAUGCAACUACCUCGCCUGCUAACACAGACAUACUCACUCUAAACGUCUCUGGCCAAUCUCCCACGGCUACGAUACAUGGCUUCAUUAUAAGAUAUGCUUUGAAGCUGAAAGAUAACUACUUUGGAGACGACGUUCAUUUCAAAACACUGGACGAGUACCAAGAGACAUUGCAGCUAAGAGAGCGCGACCCGGAGGCGGAGGCAGCACUCCGACCACCACCGAAAAAGUCCAAUGACCUUGAUGUGGUCCUCCAUGUUCGGGUCGAUGACACACGAUUGCUGAUACCCGCAAAUCUAUGGUCUACAAAACGCAACAUCCAAGUCGAGUCUGCCAGCAUCACUGCUGAUCUGCGGUUUACCAACUAUUAUAUGGAUUUGGAACUCGCUGAAUCUAUGGUCAUCGCCUCUUUGGACUGCCGCCAACAGAGCCAACGUAUCUCUGCAAUUGGGACCUUUCUGUUGGAACUGUAA